GGGGUUGUUUAUGUGAACUUUAACGUCUAACAAAAAAAAAAGAAUUUAAAGCAAAUCUCUCGUCUGAGACUAUCAGGAUUUAAACGCGGACCAACGUCACCUUACAUAUUCAUUCACCCACUGGACUGAUAAAUAAAGAAAAAUAAGCUUUUUUCGUUGUCCAAAGGUUUCGAAACCUUUUUUGUGAUUCCUCUUUCUUCCUCCUCCGUGUCUUUUCAGCGUUUUCCACAGCAAAAAAACGGCAGAGCGAGACUAUUUUUUUCUUUCUCUUCCUUUAAUUUUUUUUAUGCAGAGACUGAACUUCGAUCUCUCCGGUUCCUCUGUUUUUUUUCUUUGGUGUGAUUUUUUGAUAAGAGUGGAAUAUAUACACUUUUCUAGCUUUCUAUCGCCAAGUGACAAUUCAAGGACGCCCUUACUUCAGCAAUUUGGUUCUAUAGGUGAAGAAGCAUUUGAUUUCAAAGCGGAAUUUCAGAUUUCUAAAGAUUUAAGUUAAGAGAUGGCAACACUAGGAGAUAUCGGAGUAGCUGCAACGAUCAACAUACUCACUGCCAUCAUCUUCCUUUUGGCAUUUGCAAUCUUGAGGAUUCAACCUUUCAACGAUAGAGUCUAUUUCCCCAAAUGGUAUCUGAAAGGUAUAAGAAGCAGCCCGUUGCAUUCGGGUGCUCUUGUGAGCAAGUUUGUGAAUGUGGACUUAGGCUCGUACCUACGGUUCUUGAACUGGAUGCCCGCCGCUCUAAAGAUGCCUGAGCCCGAGCUUAUUGAUCACGCCGGGCUGGAUUCUGCUGUGUACUUGAGGAUUUACUUGACAGGGCUUAAGAUCUUUGUCCCAAUAGCAUUACUUGCGUGGUCGAUUCUUGUGCCUGUAAAUUGGACAAGCGAGGGGUUGCAGCUAGCAAAGCUUCGUAAUGUAACAUCUAGUGAUAUUGAUAAGCUAUCCAUCUCAAACAUCGAACGUGGAUCAGAUAGGUUUUGGACUCACCUUGUGAUGGCGUACGCCUUCACAUUCUGGACUUGCUUUGUUCUAAUGAAAGAGUAUGAGAAAGUAGCUUCCAUGCGUUUGACAUUUCUCCAGUCCGAGCAACGUCGUCCUGAUCAAUUCACGGUUUUGGUUAGGAACGUACCAGCUGACCCAGACGAGUCCAUUAGCGAGAGUGUGGAGCAUUACUUCCUUGUUAACCAUCCAGACCAUUAUCUUACACAUCAGGUUGUGUACAAUGCGAAUGAAUUGGCGGACUUAGUCGAGAAGAAGAAGAGCACGCAGAACUGGCUUGACUAUUACCAAUUGAGGUCUUUAAGGAACAAUGAUCAAAGGCCACGGAUAAAGACGGGUUUUCUCGGGCUAUGGGGAAAGAAAGUGGAUGCAAUCGAUCAUUAUAUAGCUGAGAUCGAGAAACUAAACAACCAAAUAAUGGAGGAAAGGAAGAACGUAAAGAAAGAUGACAAGAACGUAAUGCCAGCAGCUUUUGUUUCUUUUAAAACACGGUGGGGUGCUGCGGUUUGUGCACAGACACAACAGUCGAGUAAUCCGACCGAAUGGUUAACUGAGUGGGCACCCGAGGCACGAGAAGUGUUUUGGUCGAACCUCGCGUUGCCUUAUGUCUCUUUAACAGUAAGGAGGCUUAUAAUGCACGUUGCCUUCUUCUUCCUCACCUUCUUCUUCAUGAUUCCAAUAGCCUUUGUUCAAUCCUUAGCAAGCAUUGAAGGCAUCGAAAAAUUUGCUCCUGUCCUCAAAACCAUCAUCGAGAAGCCGCUUGUGAAAUCGGUUAUCCAAGGCUUUCUUCCUGGUAUUGUGUUAAAGCUCUUCAUAAUAUUCCUGCCAAGUAUCCUGAUGGUAAUGUCAAAGUUCGAAGGGUUUGUAUCGUUAUCGUCGUUAGAGAGAAGAGCUGCUUUCCGAUAUUACAUCUUCAACCUCAUCAAUGUCUUCCUCGGAAGCAUAAUCACUGGCUCUGCAUUUGAACAACUCGACUCGUUCCUCAAACAAUCCGCAAAUCAGAUUCCUAGAACGGUUGGAGUAGCGAUACCGAUAAAAGCAACGUUUUUUAUAACGUAUAUAAUGGUUGACGGUUGGGCGGGAGUUGCAGGGGAGAUUCUGAGGCUGAAACCUCUAAUUUUUUUCCAUGUGAAGAACUCUCUCUUGGUGAAAACGGAAAAGGAUAGAGAAGAAGCUAUGAACCCUGGACAGAUCAACUUUCACGCGACAGAGCCUCGGAUACAACUCUACUUCCUCCUCGGUCUUGUCUAUGCCCCUGUGACUCCUGUUCUGCUCCCUUUCAUUAUAAUCUUCUUCGCAUUGGCCUACCUCGUAUUUCGUCAUCAGAUCAUAAAUGUGUACAAUCAGGAAUACGAAAGCGCGGCUAGGUUCUGGCCAGAUGUUCAUGGACGUAUAAUCUCGGCGUUGAUCAUCUCUCAAAUCCUUUUGAUGGGUUUAUUGAGCACCAAAGGUGCCGCUCAGUCCACGCCGUUCCUCCUCGUCUUACCGGUCCUCACCUUUUUCUUCCACCGGUUUUGCAAAGGCCGGUACGAACCGGCAUUUCUCCGUCACCCCUUGCAGGAAGCUAUGGUCAAAGAUACGUUGGAACGAGCAAGAGAACCGAACUUUAAUCUGAAACCGUAUCUUCAGAAAGCAUAUAUUCAUCCGGUUUUCAAAGAUGACGACUAUGAAGAUGGUCGUUCUGAGAUUUCCGGUUAUUGCCUCGAGGAUUUGGACGAAGAAUGUGUUACUGUGCCGACGAAACGUCAGUCCCGGAGAACUACGCCUGCGGUUAGCCAUGCUAGCCGCGGUUCAUCACGUUCACCAUCAAAGGGAUAACAAGAACCUUUUGUUUUUCACUCAACCGGGUCGGUUUCUCAUACGGUAUAGAAUUGGAAGAAACGGAAUUAACCAUGUUGGGAUAUUUAUUUAUUUGCUCUAAGUUUUUGUAUAUUAUAGUAUUAUUAUUACAAAAUGUUUUUUUUUGGUUUUGAGUUUUGACUUUGAACUGUAGAAUUAUAUUUUUUUGACAUUUGUCGAGGAAAAGACAAUCAAUAAGAGUGUCGUUUUAGAGUUUUGUUUUUGUUUCAUAAAGAGUAUUGUUUUACAUU